AGCCGCGUGUUCGCAACGAAAUCUGCGCUAUCGCGUGGAAGGACAUCAAGUCGUUGUCGAAGCAGGGCAAGAAUAAUUUAUUCCUGGUGAGCUCGAUGAUGAAGCAGUUGCAGAACUUCAUCAACAAGAAAAAGUACCAGCAGACAGAGGAGGAACUCAAAAAACAGGCCACGAUCCAGCUCAAGAAGAUUCUGGGUGUUGGCCAGCCGCAGGAAAAGUCCGACCCGGGAAGAGACCUGCUCAACAUGUUGCAGCAGGUUUCUGCAGGCAAGCAGCCUCCAAACCUACAGCCACCUUCUAUGCCGAUGCCGGGCCACCAUAUGCCGCUGCCUAUGCCUCUGGCUCCGUUCCCUAUGCCGUUCCCUAUGCCGUUCAUGAUGGCUCCGCACAUGCUGCCGCGGUUCCCCUUCCCGCCUCCGCCUGCCAUGUCUGUGCCGCGUAGCGACCAGAAAAACGAGCUCUUUGCGCCUCCGCCUUCGUCCCUGGACAAGCCACACAUGGCGCUGGCAAACAGACGAUCUGGAGAGAGUAAUAGCAAGGAGCUGCUCAGCAUUUUGAAACGUCCAGAGAAAAAGGACGAGACAGAGGAAGCGCACAAGCCGCGCGGGAGCUUCUUGCAGAAUCUGUUUGACAAGUACGACGCUGAAGAGCCUGCACAGGUCCCGCGUAAGGUGACGAUUUUGAAGCGGCCGAAGGAGCAGGAGAGCUCCGAGAAGCCCGGAGCCAGUCUGUUGAACCUGCUGCAGCAAAAGCAAAGUCCUACAACGAAUGGCAGCUCGGAGCUCUUAAACAUCCUGAAGAAGCCGGAGCCGCAACCAAAGGACGAUUCGAAGCAGCUGCUGGACCUGUUGAAACACAAGCCGGCGAACCAGAACGGCGCAAACGGCGCAAACGGCUCGGCAGAGCUGCUGGACAUGCUGAAAAAGCCUGCCCAGCCCGAGCAGCCGGCACAGGCCUCUGCUUCCCCCUCUGCCUCGGUUCUGCUGGGAAUAUUAAAUCGGAAAGAAGAGCCACGCGACCCCAGCAAGGGACUUCUAGACGCCAUCGUGCCACCCACACAGUCGGGCUCUUCUGGAUCGCAGGAGCUGCUGAGCCUGCUCAAGCCGGCCAGCUCCUCUGCGCCAACGUCUGCCCCGGAGUCUUCCAAUGAGGCGCAGAAGCCAUCGCAGGAAGCCGAAGAGUACGAGGACUUUGAGGACUUUGACGACCUAAACGAGGGAUACGAGAACGUGCGCUCGUCCAACCACUUCAAGACGUAUGUGAGUGACGAAGAGGAGGUAUAUUUGUGAGUGCACAGCCCGGAGAAAAUGUUAAAUUUUCAUGAAACGCGAAUUGAAACGGCAGCCUAAAAAUGUGGCCCGCCAGGUGCCGCCGGCUCCAGGCAAGCCGCCUGUCUUUGCGCCCGACACGCGCGGCCGGCGAUACUGGCUGGUCAAGAGCGAGCCAAUGCCUCGAGUAGACGCCAAAACGGGCAAGACAGUCAAGUUUUCGAUCGCCGACCUGGCCAACGUCGAGAGCGAGUCAUGGGACGGCGUGCGCAACUGGGAGGCGCGCAACUAUCUCAUCCAGAUGGCCAAGGACGACAUCUGCCUCUUCUACCACUCGAAUUGCAAGAACCCAGGGAUUGUCGGAAUCUGCAGAGUUGCCGAGACAGCCAAGCCGGACGAGUCGCAGUUCGACCCAAACUCGCCCUCGUACGACCCCAAGGCAACACGGGACCAGCCCCGGUGGUGGUGUCCCGCGGUGACGUUUGUGUGCUUACUCAACAGGAAGCUAAGUCUUGGGGAGCUGCGCGCGACCAAAGGCCUCGAGGACAUGUAUCUGCUGAAACGCGGCCGUCUGAGCGUGACACCCGUGAGCGAAAAGCAUUUCUGGCGUCUCAUGGAGGUGCAGCAGGGCGCUGCCGGCGACGACGCAGAGAUGGACUGUGAAACCAAAGGUCUGCGUCGCUACGAGAGAAAAUUGGUCAUAUAGACGUGCGAUGAAUUAAUUCCAAUUAAAGCGGC